AUGUUGAAUUUAUUAUCUACACUUAAUAUUCCCCCCUGUUCAAAAACGACUCUAAAGGAGAGAGAGAGAGAAAUAGGAUGUGCAGUUGAAAAUGUUGCCCAGACUAGCUGUGCAGCUGCUGCAGCAAAGGAAAAAGAAAUGACAGGAGACAGUUCAGAGGGAUUAUCUGUGUCAUUUGAUGGUGGAUGGCAAAAGAGGGGAUCAGGGAGGUCAUAUAGUAGCCUAUCUGGACAUGCAACAUUUAUUGGCAACAAGUCCGGAAAAUGUAUAGCAUUUUCAACACGCAACAAGUUUUGUAGGACAUGUGAGGUUGGGAAAAGGAGGGAAUGUGAUUCAGCUAAACAUGACUGUAGACAAAAUUGGAAAGGAAGUUCGAAGGCAAUGGAAUCUGAUAUGUGUGUCAACAUGCUUCGGGAAUUAGACAAACAGGAUGUCUCCAUAGAUACCAUCAUUAUGGACAACGAUUCCACCACAAUUGCAAGAGCCAGAAGUGAGGUGAAACCAGAUCUGAAAAAAAUGUGUGACAAGAACCAUACACUAAAAGAAUUCACAAACCAACUGUAUGAUCUGAAAAAAGUCAAGAAUUUUCGAGAACUCACUGCCAAAACCAUUGGACAUCUAUCUAAAUGCUUCAAGUAUUGUGUGUCUCAGCAUCAGGGAAAUGGGGAAAAAAUGAAGAAAAACUUGUUGGCAAUAGGGAAACAUGUCUUCGGUGACCAUUCCUUUUGUGACUCUUGGUGUGGAUAUUUACGAUCUCCAUUAACCUAUAAACCAAAAAACUUGCCAUACAAUAGAUACCUCACUGAUGUAAAUUUGAAGACCAGCAUUAUGACUUUAUUGCAGAAAUACAUAGAUAAAGCAGAAAAGCUGUCAUCCCUGGGCAGUUCACAGGCCAAUGAAAGUCUAAACAACACUAUAUCCAGUAAAGCUCCAAAGGCCCAUUUUUACUCAGGUUCAGAAAGUAACGACUUUCGAAUUGCAGCUGCAGUGGCACAAAAGAACUUAGGAUAUGGAUAUGUAUCAGAGGUUUGUAAAGACUGUGAUAUCACACAGAUUGGUGCUGCAUUUGAGGGACAAAUUUUUAGCCAGUAUAUGUUGCCUUCUAAACCCAUUUCACCUGCUGCAACUGCUGUGACAGGAUUAGCUGUUUCAGGAGGGAGUAUGUAUAAAGAAGGAUAUCACGUUCCAUCAACAUCUACAGAAGAAGGAAUACAAAACUUCCUAGACUGGCUGUCUAAAAUUUCACAACCUGUCUUGAUGGCCCACAAUGCUCGUUUUGAUGCUUGUAUUUUCUGCCGUAUAUUAUUAGCAACAGAAAAGAGUAUUCCUGCUUCAAAAUUGAUUUGUGGAUUUGUGGACACACUUCCAUUGUUUAGGAAACAGUUACCAGAACGCACUUCAUACAAGCAGGUCGAUCUCGUAAAGGAUCUUCUUCAUGAAAACUACAGUGCCCAUGAUGCUGCAUCUGAUUCAAGAGCACUUUUACAUCUCGUAAAAGCACAGAAGUUCAACAAUCAUAUCUUACAAGAAAACAGUUUUUCCUUCCAAUCAUACAUGGAAGUCAUACAAUUUCAGAAUACUGUGCAAGACAAUACCAAUUCAUUGUCAUAUCUACUGGAAAAUAAAAUUAUUUCCAAGGUGAUUGCAAAUAAGAUUUCCAAAUCUGGUCUUGGGUUGGCCCAUCUUCAGUUGGCAUAUGAUAGAGACAGAGAUUGUGGUAUACAUCAAGUGCUUUCAGAGACAACUUCCACUGGGAAACCAAGUCUCAGUAACAGUAAACAAAACUAUUAUUAA